AUGAACCCGGCGCUUAUCCCUAAACUGUCUCCCCACUUUUCGGUCUUUACUAACCACAGGCCAAAAGGACCCGAAGAGGUCAUUCUUACUGGUACAUUCGACAACUGGUCCAAGUCGUUGUUUUUGGUAAAACAAGCCAAUGGCAGCUUUGAAUUGACUGUGCCAUUGCCAUCGUCCAGUGGUAAACUCCUCUACAAAUACGUUGUGGAUGGUGAAUGGAAGUUGUCGCCAGACGACAGAAUUGAGAAGGAUGAGAGUGGUAUCGAGAACAACGUUUUGGAAGAAUCUGAUUUUACUACUGCCUCGAAGGGUUCCGCUAUUCCUGAGGCUGGUGGACUUGCGUACACCCCCGCUGCUCAAGGUGAGGCUAAGGCUACUGUUAUGCCCACUUCUGAGCCCAAGCAGCACAGUGUUGCUGGAGAACCUGGUAUUCAUGUUCCCACCGACCCUGAAGCUUUGGCUGCGUUUUCUACUGUUCGUGAUGUUGAUGCCAAGGCAUUGAACGAACGUGAGCUUACGCCUGAAGAAAAGAAGAAGCAGAAGAAGAAGGUGAAGAGAAGCCAGUACAAGGCCAAGAAGAAGAAUAAGGCUGCUGCUGCUGGUGCGGUGAACAACGGCGAGGGAACUACCGAGGACACUUCCGAGUUCAAUUCCACCCCAGAGCCAGAUGCUGCUACCAAGGCGGUUGAAGAAGAAACUGCCAAGGACAAGAAAGCUGAAGAAGUUCUCGGUGCUGCCGCAGUUGGCACUCUCACAGCUGGUGCCGCUACUACUUUGGUUUCGCAGGUUCCUGUAGACGACGAAGCCACCAAGAGGGCAUACACUGAGGACCCAGAAGCUGCACCAGUGUCUGAGUCUGUUGGCACUCAAACUGCCGCUGAGUCUGCUCCAGUGACUUCUGAAUCAAAAGCUUCAGCUUCUGAGCCAAUUGCUCCCGUUACUGCCAAGUCGGAUGUAACUGGCUCGGAAGCUCCAGUUACCUCUGAAACUUCAGCUACUCCUAUCGACGAGCCAGUCACUACAAAAGAAGAGCACAAGCCUUCUCACACCGGCGCUGCCUUGGGUGCUGGUGCACUUGGCGCUGGAGCUGGUGCGGCAGGAGUUACUGCUGCUUCUGAAUCGUCAGCACCCGAAGUGUCUAAAGCACCAGAGGUAUCUAAAGAUGUUUCAGCACCAAUUUCUGGCCACAAGGAUACCCCAGCGUCUGCUGCUGCUACCAAGGAUACUUCUGUGACCGAGCCGGUUGCUGCUGCUGUCAUCCCUGUGGAAGACAACUCCAAAGAUCUUGCUGGCGGAAGCGCACUUUCACCAGUGAGCCCUCCUCAGGAAGUUCACACAUUAGAUCCAAAGGCCCAGGCCACUGACGCAUCUCACCCAGCAGAGAAGGAGGUGGCAGCUUCACCCGUUGACAAUUCCGAUCUUCCAGCUGCUACCCCUGUCGCUGCCGCUGGUGCUCCUGAGCACAUUGUCAAGGCUGAGCACAUUGUCAAAGAAGUUACACCUGGUGAACCUAGCAAAGUCAUUGAAGACGAAGAGAUAGUGAUUGCUCAAGGCAACGGCAGCAAGAAGGAGAUCGAAGCUGCUUUGGCGGGACAAAAUGGAGAUGUGACUCUCGAAGAAAUCCAGCCUACCAAGUCUGAGGCUGAAAGAUUGAAGGAGGAAGCUCACAUAUCCGAGACCACUUCUUCCAAGAGCAAGACUAAGCCUGCCACCACCGAUGCAGCUGCUAGUUCCGGGUCUCCAGCCAAGAAGACUCCUGCCAAGACAACUCCAGCCGCCAAGACAAGUAGUAAGCCAACCAAGGAAGAAAAGAAGAAGAAGGGGGGCUUUUUGGCCAAGUUGAAGAAGAUCUUCAACUAG